UUGAGAUCUGCUCCCAAAGUCUUCAAUUGCCAACUCUCUCGUUACCUUUCAACUGGUGAGAAGGAUCUUGUUGUUAUCGGUUCUGGCCCCGGUGGAUAUGUGGCAGCCAUUAAGGCAGCCCAGUUGGGCAUGAAGACAGUUUGCAUUGAAAAGUACCCAACUUUCGGUGGCACUUGCCUAAACGUCGGAUGUAUCCCGAGUAAAUCACUUCUGAAUAACUCCCAUUAUUAUCAUAUGUGCAAAACCGACGACAUGAAAAACCGUGGUAUCGGUCUAAGUGAUGUUAAACUCAACCUUGAUGAAAUGAUGGCUGCAAAGAGGAAUUGCGUCUCCUCACUCACCAGUGGUAUUGCACAUCUUUUCAAAGCAAACCGUGUUGAAAGCGUGCAAGGUGUCGGAACAAUCACCAAGCCUAAUGAAGUCACCGUCAAGAAACCCGAUGGAUCUACUGAGGUCAUUAACACCAAAAAUAUUCUCAUUGCUACCGGUUCAGAUGUGACCCAAUUUCCUGGAAUCAACAUUGACGAAAAGGAAUUUAUAACUUCUACUGGUGCCCUUUCUCUUGAAAGAGUUCCAAAACACAUGGUUGUUAUUGGUGCCGGUGUUAUCGGCGUUGAAAUGGCGUCUGUUUGGAAACGUCUUGGUGCCAAGGUGACUGUUGUGGAAUAUCUCGGUCAUAUCGGCGGUAUGGGAAUUGAUAUGGAGAUAAGCAAACAACUCCAGCGUAUACUCCAACGACAAGGUUUUACUUUCAAAUUAAACACAAAAGUUGUUUCGGCUGAAAAGACGACAGAUGGUAUUAGCGUUGCUAUUGAGGGUGUUAAAGACGGAAAGACCAGCACUCUUAGUUGUGAUGUCGUUCUUGUCGCAAUUGGCCGUCGUCCUUAUACAGAAAAUCUUGGAUUGGAGAAUGUGGGUAUUGUACCUGACAAAUACGGUCGUGUCCCUGUUGAUAAGCGUUUCCAGACUCAGGUCCCCAACAUCUACGCCAUUGGCGACGUUAUUGAGGGUCCGAUGUUAGCACACAAAGCAGAAGAUGAAGGCAUUAUUUGUGUUGAAGGAAUGCUUGGCGGAAAGGUACACAUUGACUACAACUGUAUCCCCAGCGUGAUCUAUACUCAUCCCGAGGUCGCUUGGGUUGGCAGGAGCGAGGAAGAUUUGAAGACCAACGGAAUGGAAUACAAGACUGGGAAAUUCCCUAUCUCAGCCAACUCCCGCUCUAAGUGUAAUCUGGAACAAGAGGGUUUCUUUAAGGUUUUGUCAGACAAGACUACUGACAAAAUUCUCGGUGUCCACCUCCUUGGUCCACAAGCUGGUGAACUUAUUGGUGAAGCCUGUCUCGCUAUUGAAUAUGGUGCCUCUGCAGAAGAUGUUUCCCGUGUCUGCCAUGCUCACCCGACUGUCAGUGAGGCACUUCGUGAAGCUUGUACUGCCGCUUCUUUUGGCAGGGCAAUCAACUGCUAA